GGCAAGGCGAGCAAGCGGAGAAGAGCCAUAGCAGCCCCGCAGAGCAUGUGUGGCUCCCUCCGAGGCUCCAGAGUCCAUCUUUGGCUGCAGCCCUUGCUCCCUGCCAAGGAGGAGCCCCUGGCCCUUGGGGAAACUGCAACUCCCUUGGCUUCUCCGCUCCGGGCUUCCCUCAUGAUGAGCCAGGCUGCUGGAAAGAGAGCUUGCAAAGCCUGCUGAGCCACUGGCAACAAGAACUGUCCAUCAUGGCCCAGGGAACCAGUGACAUGGAAACUGCUGAUCAAGAGGAGAGCUCUCCAAACAUGAUUGUCUACCGAAAGAUAGAAGAUAUCAUUACAAGGAUGCAGGAUGACAAAACAGGUGGCGUGCCCAUCCGAACAGUCAAGAGCUUCCUGUCAAAAAUCCCCAGUGUUGUCACAGGGACAGACAUAGUGCAGUGGCUCAUGAAGAAUCUCAAUGUUGAAGACCCAGCUGAAGCAAUACACUUGGGAAGCCUUGUCGCAGCGCAGGGAUAUAUUUUUCCAAUCUCCGACCAUGUGCUUACUUUGAAGGAUGAUGGUACUUUCUAUCGUUUUCAGGCUCCGUAUUUUUGGCCUUCAAACUGUUGGGAGCCAGAAAACACAGACUAUGCCAUCUAUCUUUGCAAGAGGACCAUGCAGAACAAAGCAAGGCUGGAGCUGGCAGAUUAUGAAGCCGAGAAUUUAGCAAGACUUCAGAGAGCUUUUGCAAGAAAAUGGGAAUUCAUCUUUAUGCAAGCUGAAGCACAAGUAAAAAUUGACAGGAAAAAGGAUAAAACAGAAAGGAAAAUUUUGGAUAGUCAAGAAAGAGCCUUCUGGGAUGUCCAUAGGCCAGUGCCAGGCUGUGUGAACACAACAGAAAUGGACAUCAGAAAGUGCCGCCGCAUGAAAAACCCACAGAGGGUCAAAAAGUCAGUCUAUGGAGUCACAGAAGACAGUCAGUCCCAAAGCCCUGUACAUAUGCCCUCCCAACCAGUUCGAAAAACAACAAAAGAUGAUGUCCGGAAGCAAAUAACAUUCCUGAAUGUGCAGAUAGACAGACACUGUUUAAAAAUGUCUAAAGUAGCAGAAAGUUUAAUUACUUACUCAGAUCAGUAUAUUGACUAUGAUCCUUUUAUAACUCCUGCGGAACCUUCCAACCCUUGGAUAAAUGAUGACGCUGUGUUUUGGGACUUAGAAACAAGCAAAGAGCCUUCUCAGCAUCGUGUCAAAAGAUGGGGUUUCUCUAUAGAUGAAGUGUUGAAAGAUCCAGUGGGACGUGACCAAUUUCUUCGGUUUUUGGAAUCAGAGUUCAGUUCUGAAAACCUCAGGUUUUGGCUGGCUGUACAAGAUCUCAAAAAACAACCACUACAAGAUGUGGCUAACAGAGUGGAAGAGAUCUGGCAAGAGUUCCUAGCUCCUGGGGCCCAGAGUGCUAUCAACCUGGAUUCUCACAGCUAUGAGAUAACAAGCCAAAAUGUCAAAGACCCAGGGAGGUACACAUAUGAAGAUGCACAGGAACAUAUUUACAAGCUGAUGAAGAGUGACAGCUAUGCACGUUUUCUCCGUUCUAAUGCUUACCAAGACUUGUUGCUGGCAAAGAAGAAGCCGGAGAAUGAGCAAGGUCGUAGAACUUCUCUAGAAAAGUUCACUCGCAGUGUGGGGAAGUCACUGGCAGGCAAGCGCCUCACAGGCUUGAUGCAAUCUUCUUGACGGCAUGGUCUCCGCAAGCAGCCACUGACAUCUUCGAAGGACAGCUGCACUCGACCUCCUCUUUCUCCUCUUCCUCCUCCUACUCCUCUGCACGAAGGAAAUAUCAUUGGGGGGCAACUGGGUCACUGUGUGUGUACAAAUGUGAGACAGUGCAGACAGAAGGAGGAAGCCCAGGAAAGGGAAAGCAAAUCAAGAUGGAGAGUCUGGCCCACUGGAGGUUCUUCUUUUCAUAGUUUACAUCAACACUUUUUUCUUACUUGUACAGCUUUGUAAUGGCACCGAGUUCUAUGAAGACAUUACUCUUUAUUUCUAAUUUUAUUUCAGAGGAGCACACUUUUUGGUAUAGAGGAUAUCAGUCCCAGCAGAAAGAGAGAGAAUGUGCUGUAGGCAUUAUUUUAAUGUGUGGGUCCUAAGAGAAAUCUAGGUAAAGAACAGCUGCUUAGAUCAGUAAUCAUAAUGCAGACAUUUUGUCAUGCUCCUAGCUGCUGUUGCUGCUGCCACCACCACCACCGCUGAUGCAUGUGCACAGACAUAAGUAUCCCUCUUCCACAUACUUAGGUAGGAGUGACAUUUCCUAGCUGUGGUUUAUGGGCCACUCAUUUGACAGUAGCAUCUCAGAUUUGGCAUCCUUUCCAAAACCUAUGAGUCUCCUAUUGGACAGCAUGUAACAAAGGGGAGGGAGGAUUGCCAACCUGGAGUAGAAGUGCAGAUUAAAGUCCAGAAUCAAGGUAAUAGGAAAGAACAUGUCCAAAGUAGUUUUUUUUUUCUUGUCUGCAUAGAGACCUUUUAUGGGAGGAUUGCUAUACAUAUACAUUUCCUUUCCUUUCGGACCUAUCUGGGACCAAUAAAAAUAAUCACCAGAUGCUCCUUUUACAAGGAAGGGACAAAGGAAGGAAGGACAGAUAAUUCAGUUUUGCCUGGCAGAGGACUUUCAAAACUGGUUGUCAAAGUGCGUUUAGCUCUUCAUUCAAACAUGGUUUGGGGGGAAAGAUCUGAGCUACCCAUUGUCAGCUAGGGUUCUAGUUCACAAAGUCAGACUUUUUAAGUUCCAUGUGAGCAAUCUGGUUUCAGUCGAGUUGUUUUGCAUUUACAUGUGUGAAGAUAUGGCACUGUUUCCCGGAAAAAAGUAUCAAAAUGUUUUGCCAGGCCUGCACAACUUGUAUUGUGACCCAGCCAUAUAUUGUGGUCUUAGCCUGCCAAGUAUUUGACAGUCCCUCUACUUCUUCUUUUUUGCACUUUUAUCAAGAUUAGAAAAUGGAAGAGGUCUACUAAACCACAUUUGUGGCUGGUGGUAGGCAGCAUUCCACUUGCUUUAACUCAGGCAGUGCAGGCCUGUUUUAUGCACACAGAUGUUCUAUAAAAACAACAUAUUUGAAAUGCUGACACUUGAUUGCAGAAAGAAUAUUUACACUGUUAUGUGUCUGCAUUUUCCCAUUAUGCUUAUCCCAUAGUUAGGUCAAAUAGAUUAAACUGAACUGAUUGAGGAUUUGGGACAUUGCUCUACACCUAAAACAGAAGAGGCUAUAAUUUGUGGUCAUUUCUGUUGAAAAAUCUCAGUAGGCUUGGCUGAGGUUUAAUUGUCCAGAAACAAUUCAGAUACCCACUGAGAGAGAGAGAGAGAGACUAUGAUUUUAAAAAAAAAUCAAUCUUUAACAUCUUCAGCAUUUGGUAGCAAAUUAUUUCUUGUGUAAUGUAGUCAAGAAUUUGUUUCAACAUAUGGCAAUAAAUGAGGAAUGGCUGAAAAUCUAUGUGGUAGCUUGGCUAGGAGUGGAAAUGAUCUACAGAAGUUAAUUUCUCAAAAUUGUUCUUAUUGGCAAGAUCUGAGGAAGUGGAACAUAACCCAAGGAAACUAGUAAAGACAUAUUUGUAAACCCCACCCCUGGUUUGUAGUGAAAAACAAAAACAGGCAACAGUGACAAAGUGGUCUGUACCAGAGCCUGUUAAAACGUCUAGGGGUCAUUCCCACUGGCCUAUAAAGUGGGUCUGGAUGCAAAUCAUGGGUGCAUCGUUUCCAUUUGAGCGCAAAUCUGACCUGCAUUGCUCCGAAAUCGUUCCCAUUGAGAUUCGAAUCUGAUUCGAUUUAUCUAGGAAAACCCGA